CCACGGCACAUUAAAGGCAGGUCCGUGAAAAUAUUGUCGACCAUAAACCGGUCCAUGGCGCAAAAGAGGUUGGGGACUGCUGGUCUAAGCUUCAUAGUCCUUGUCUCAGUUGGGCCAUCAACGAAUUUGCAUUUUUCUCUUGAAAGGCUGAGUGUUUUAUUUAUUUUCACCAGAAAGGAAACAUCCCAAAAUCCAACUAACUGUUUAACAUCUGUGUAGCCACACUGAAUAAUCGUGCAUUCAUGGACGCUUGAAGCAACAGCAUCACCAGGCUGUACCGGGAACAUAAGAAGAAGAAGAUAACUGACUAUUGCAACAGACCAAAUAUAUUAAAACUGUUUUAAAAAUUCUCAACUAACAGAUUUGGAUGUGACAGAAAUCAAGAACAGUUAUUCUGCGCUCUAUUUAAUCAGUGACAGCUGAAAAGAAGAAGAAUACAAUAGAAUGCUAAAAUGAGGGACUACGAGGGGUCCAUUGCGUUCCUAGGGAUCUGGGGCUGGUACCAGGUGAAGGUCAUCUUCUUCCUCUGUAUCCUCAGCUUUCCUUCUGGGUACAACAUCCUGUCUGUCAUCUUUCUGCUGGCCAUUCCCCCACACCAGUGCUACAUCCCAGCACACAGCAACCUGAGUCAGGACUGGAUCCAGGCCAGUAUCCCAAUACAGGGUCCAAAUCUGGAGAGAAGCAGUUGUAGCCGCUAUGAGCUGCAUGUGAUGCAGAACUUGUCUGCACUCAGAAUAAAACCCAACCUUGCACAGAUCCACAACUAUUCUGAAUUCGAAGCAAGUGCAGGGGUCAUGCUGUCCAACCUGAAGCAGGAGGAGUGCAAAGAUGGAUGGAUCUACGGCACAGAGCACUACGAGUCGACUGUAGUCACUGAGUUUAACCUGGUGUGUGACAACAAUUGGAAACAACCAAUGUCCUCUCUCAUCUACUUCCUGGGAUCACUCUGUGGCUGUUUCCUCUCUGGACAGAUCUCUGACCGGUUUGGCAGGAAACCUGUUCUGUUCAGUUCCAUUUUCAUACUAAGUGUCUUCAGCAUCGCUUUGAGUUUUGCUCAGUCCUGGGCCGUCUUCAAUGUGCUUUUCUUCAUGGUGGGCAUGUGUCAACUCAGCAUCUACAUACUUCUUCUUGUACUUGGUUCUGAGCUCCUAGUCGGUGUUACAAGAGUUCUCUUCAGUAGCCUUGCUUUGAGCUAUUUCUAUGUGGCUGGUAUGAUGGCAUUCCCUGGCACCGCCUACGUAGUCAGGAACUGGAGACACCUAUCAUUGUUUAUGGCUUUGCCUGGUCUGGCCUGUUUCCCCUUUUGGUGGCUGGUUCCAGAAUCUCCUCGCUGGCUACUGUCCAAAGGCCGUUUUAAGGAAGCAGAACUCCUGCUAAGAUUUGCUGCUCUGGAGAACGGAGUGGAAUUUCCAUCUGACCUCUUUCGCUCAGCAAAAUCUCAACAGUCUGAACAGUCUCAGCAACCUGAACAACCUCAGCAACCUGAACAACCUCAGCAAUCUGAACAACCUGAACAAUCUCAGCAAUCUGAACAACCUCAGCAACCUGAGGUUUCUGGUUACCUGGGUCUGCUGAGGAACACGACCACUCGAAGUAUCACACUCGUAGUGUGGUUUCUCUGGUUUUCUUUGAAUGUGAGCUACUUUGGAUUAUCAUUCAAUAUGACUACUAUCUAUGGCAACCCCUUUCUGAACUACGCCUUGCUGUCAUUAAUGGAGAUGCCAGCACACUUGGUCAGCUGGUUUAGCGCAAAAUAUUUUCCUCGUCGCAUAUCCUUUAUUGGCUUCUCCCUGCUGGGGGCGCUGCCACUCUUCCUCAUCCAGAUCACUCUGCACAAGUAUCACAACAUCACCCUCACCCUGGUGCUGAUGGGUAAAUUUGGAGUCCUGGCUUCCGAAGGGAUCCUGCACCUGCUCACUGGAGAGCUGUCUCCCACAGUCAUCAGGAACACGAUGUUGUCGUCUGCUGCCUUAUUCUCCAGAGUGGGGUCCUCUGUCGCCCCAUACCUAUUGCAGCUGGCUGUGUUCUACGAGUUCCUGCCGUGGUUGACUGUGGGUUCCCUGUCAGUCAUCAGUGUCCUUGUCUCCCUUUUCCUUCCGGAGUCAUUUGGAAAACCGCUUCCUGAUACCAUCGACCAGAUGCAAGUCAUUAAGAAGUUCAAGUUUAAAGGGCUCUGUCACCAAAAGGUUGAUGGGAAUUCACCUGGAGUCCAGGAGCCAGCUGUCAGCGAGACUUCUCUGUCUGAGAUCAAAUGCUCAACUGCCUUUUAAAGGUCUUGAUGCAGAAAUGAACGAAUGAAUUGAAUUUGCUUUACAUGAUACUUUACCUCAUCAUGUAGAAAGGCCCCAGUCAUGAGACCAGGAAGACCAGGAACCUUCUUGUUGUGAGGCCGCAGCAGAAAUCACCACAAAAACACUUCAGCCUGAGCAAGAAUAUGGAAGUGAAACAAAAAAAGAAAAAAACUUAAUUUUUUAAAUUUGAAAUGAACUUGAAUUUAAGUCGUGUGAGCAGUUGCCAUGCUUGGAUUAUACAAUUUUAAAUUUGUGUUUAAAACUUACAAAUUUUUUUAUAUCAUUUGUGAUGAAAUAAAAAGACUUUGAUUCAGGAGUUACCAUAUAAGACGUGAGGGUGGAGUGCUUGCAUUGGUUACCGAUGCUUUGGAUUGUUGGUGGUUACAUAAUAAAAAUAACAAUAAUAGAGAUGAAGAUAAGAACAGUAAUAUUAAUAAUAAAAUCCUCUGAUUUGGUUUGGUGUGCAAUGAGAAAAAAAUGUGACUUGUUGUGUGUACUUUCUCUUUCUCUCUAUCUUGUAUUUCUUAGUAUGCUUAUGUGUGGUUAAAUAAAUCAGUGAGAAAAUCAAAA